AUGGCUCGUAAAGGCACGGCAAAGCUAACCGAACUAACCAAUAUUGAAACAAAAAUACAAGAACAGUGGUCCACAGAACAUCUUUUCGAGAUCGAUUCUCCAUCAGAUGCGCACAACAAAAGCGAGAAGUUUUUUGUCACCUUUCCUUAUCCCUACAUGAACGGCCGCCUGCAUCUGGGUCACGCCUUCUCUAUUACCAAGGCUGAGUUUGCGGCCUCUUAUCAGGCACUCAAGGGCAAGUCCGUCUUGUGGCCCAUGGGCUUUCAUUGUACCGGAACCCCUAUAAAGGCAUCUGCUGAUAAACUUGCCGAGGAAAUAGCCAAAUACGGUUGUCCGCCUGUAUUUCCGGUUCAAACUGAGCAGCAGGCCCCGACCACAAAGGAAGAGAAUACGAUUGAAAUCAACAAGUCAAAGAGUAAGAAGAGCAAAGCGGUGGCUAAGACUGGUGGCAUAAAAUAUCAAUGGCAAAUUUUGGUUUCAAUGGGCAUACCGGCCGAGGAAAUACCCAAGUUUACGGAUCCUGUUUUCUGGCUUGAGUACUUUCCCCAGCUGGCAAUGGAUGAUAUGAAAAAGUUGGGUGUCAAGGUAUGCAAUUAUAUCUUCAGAUGCAUUGUUUUACACUAA